AUGAGCCGCUUGUCCAUCGUCCUGCUAACAGUGCUGGCCAUCGCCACUUUCCUGGCCACCGCCCACGCUCAGCCCAACCCUGAUGCGGGGCUGGUCCGCCACUUCGUCAGCUUCAAGUUCCUCCCGUCCGUCUCUGCGCAGACCAGGAAGGAGGUGAUGACGGUGUACCGGUCGUUGCUGCACAAGUGUGUCAACACCACCACGGGACGGCCCUACAUCGUCUCCUUCGACGCCGGCUUCCCCAACAGCCCCGAGGGCAAGGACCAGGGCAUGGAGCAAGGGUAUAUCUCGACUUUCGCGUCGGUGGCGGAGAGGAACUACUUCGUGGGCCGUCCAUUCCACUUCCCCUACGAUCCCCACCACGACGCCUUCAAGCAGUUCGUGGGUCCGCUCCUCGACCCCAAGGACGGCGUCAUCGUGUUCGACUUCACCGUCCUCCCCUGA